AUGUCGAAGAAAUCCCUACUGGCAUUCACUGUUGGCGCAGCUGGUGCACUGCUCCUUGGCUAUUGUCUAUAUUAUGAUCAGAAGCGUCGAUCCGAUCCCAAUUAUAAGAGGAAGGUGCGUCAGCGUCGGCAGAAAUCGAAUCGCUUGACGCCCAUGGCAAUGGGUGGAGGUGGUGGUGGGAUGGAGAUUCGAUCGGAAGGUCAAAUCAAUAUACUACACGAUCCAUUUGAAAUGUCUGAUCAUGAGAUUGUUCAGCACUAUUUCCAGAAUGAGAUCAAAAUGGGCGAGGAGCUGUUCAGGCAGGGUAAACUGGACGAGGGACUUGUUCAUUUGGCCAAUGCGACAAUGCUGUGUGCCCAGCCUGUUGCCCUAAUGGAGACCAUGAAGGUGGCCCUUCCCGAUCCCAUAUUUAACAUGUUGUUGACAAAGUUGCCGGAGAUUAAUAAUCAGUCGCUAUCUGCACAUGGCUUUGGUGUCGAUCUACCCCUGGAUUAA